CCAAUUCAAAACCACAUGCCACUUUCUGCACUCCCCCCACAAGCCCCAGACAGCGUGAAGAGUGAGAGAGGAAGAGACAAGAGGGAGAAUCACCCAGAGAGGAAAAACGGCAGAACAGAGAAGGUUUUAAGCAUGCCAGCAUAUGCCACCAACAUGAGGCUCAAGUUCCCCAUUCUGGCCUUAAUACUGGAAGCCGUGACCAUUGUCCUGUACGCUCUCCUUGUGGUAUAUGACACCGGUAAAGCUCACAAAGAUGGGAGUCAUGAAGAAUCGAAUACAACUCAUUCAAGCAGCCCAAUGACCCUUUAUCCCAUGUUUCAGGACGUACACGUGAUGAUCUUCAUUGGCUUCGGUUUCUUGAUGACCUUCCUAAAGAGAUAUGGCUUCAGCAGUGUGGGCAUCAACCUGCUGCUGGCUGCCUUUGGCUUGCAGUGGGGUCUUCUCCUCCAGAACAUCUGGCACAUGCACGAUGGAAAAAUCAGUGUCAGCAUCAAUAGUAUGAUUAAUGCUGACUUCAGUACAGCAACUGUUCUGAUCUCAUUUGGAGCGGUUCUGGGGAAAACUAGCCCUGUCCAGCUCCUCAUCAUGACCCUGCUGGAGAUCACUACCUUCUGCAUCAAUGAGCAUUUGGUUGUGGAAGUCCUUGAGGUUUCUGAUGUUGGUGCCUCUAUGACUAUCCAUGCGUUUGGGGCUUACUUUGGAUUAGCUGUCGCCCGUGUUCUUUAUCGCCCUGGUCUUAAGAACGGCCACGAGAACGAUGGCUCAGUCUAUCACUCAGACUUGUUUGCAAUGAUCGGCACAGUCUACCUGUGGAUGUUCUGGCCCAGCUUUAACUCUGCGAUUGCUGAACCUGGCGAUGCUCAGCUAAGAGCUGUUAUCAACACCUAUUUCUCUCUGGCUGCUUGUACUCUUGCUGCCUACGCUACCUCCAGUCUGGUGGAGAAGAAGGGGAAACUUGACAUGGUUCACAUUCAGAACGCCACGCUGGCUGGAGGAGUCGCUGUGGGUACCUGCGCUGACAUGGACAUCCAGCCUUUUGGAGCAAUGUUGAUCGGAAUCACUGCAGGCGUUAUCUCCACCGUUGGAUUUAAGUUCCUGACUCCCAUACUCGCCUCUAAACUUGGGAUCCAAGACACCUGUGGUGUGCAUAACCUCCACGGCAUGCCAGGGAUCCUAGGAGGCCUGGCCAGUAUUGUGGCGACAGCACUAGGAAAGAAACACAAUGUUUCACCAGGUACACAGGCAUGUGGUUUGGCAUCAUCUCUUGGGUUUGCUUUGGUGGGAGGGUUGGUCACAGGCCUGAUAAUGAAGAUUCCAUUCCUGGGGCAGCCACCUGAUCAAAACUGCUUCGAUGACUCAGUCUUCUGGGAGGUGCCUGAGGAAGAAGAGGAACACGCAGAGCGCUUGACUCACGGCGAUUAUGCCAAGACCAAAGAGGAGGCUUGAAGCUCUGCGCAAAACCAGCUCACUUCACCGAUCAAGAGACCCAGUCCAAUAAGCAACUCAGGGGCUUUUUAACGUCAGCAUCUACUGCAUUCUCUAAAAUCCUCAACAGUGAACUCACCAUAAGUACUAAGUGAUGUCAAUUUAUUAUUAUUUUUGUAAUGUGUGCCUUUUUUUCUAAAUACAUGCAGCUAAAUUAAAAAUAAAAACACCUGCAACUCAUAUUAUGACACUGAGAAGUGGCAUCUCAACCCUUUUAUAAUUUGCCAUUAUGAAAUUAAAUGUAAGAAGGUCAAAGAAUAUUACCAGAACGUCACUAAGCUAACUCAGAGCGGUCAGGUUUUGUUGUCGUCUGUUGAACUGCACAUAACUGAGUAAUUGCUCACUGAAAUCUGAGCCGAUGCAAGAUAUUUUGCUUAAGUGUCUGUUAUCAAAGUAGCUCAUUUUACCUCAAAUAAGCUUUUUUUGUACAGACCCAACUUUUAUCAUCACUAGAGAAUUUGACCACUGAUUUUUUUAUUUUUACGGUCAUAUAUACUAGUUCACUUCCAAAGAGAGAUCCUUCUUCAACUUUCUUGCAACAAGUUGCUUAUUAUUGUGAUCAGUAACAAC